GCCUGCCCCUCUCUGACUGCACAGUCCCGCCGCCGCCGCCGCUGCCGCCGCGCCCCAGCCAAGUAGAGCGGGGGCGGUCCCCACCGACGGCGCAGCCCUCGGGCCCGCCCGGGACCAGGAGGUGAGCCGCGCGCUCACUGCUCUGUGCACCCGCCCGCCCGAGCGCCCGCCAGGUGCCCUGCAGCCCGCCGCCGCCGCCGCCGAGAUGCACAGCCCGCCGGGGCUCCUGACGCUGUGGCUUGGCGCGGUGCUGUGUGCCUCAGCGCUCGCAGGCAGCGACCCCCAGCCUGGCCCGGGGCGUCCCGCCUGCCCGGCUCCCUGCCAUUGCCAGGAGGACGGUAUCAUGCUGUCAGCUGACUGCUCCGAGCUCGGGCUCUCAGCGGUGCCGGGGGACCUGGACCCCCUGACGGCUUACCUAGACCUCAGUAUGAACAACCUCACGGAGCUUCAGCCGGGUCUCUUCCACCACCUGCGCUUCCUGGAGGAGCUGCGGCUUUCUGGGAACCAUCUCUCACACAUCCCCGGGAAGGCAUUCUCCGGCCUCCACAGCCUGAAAAUUCUGAUGCUGCAGAGCAACCAGCUCCGAGGGAUCCCGGCGGAGGCACUGUGGGAGCUGCCCAGCCUGCAGUCACUGCGCCUAGAUGCCAACCUCAUCUCCCUGGUCCCUGAGAGGAGCUUUGAGGGGCUGUCCUCUCUCCGCCACCUCUGGUUGGAUGACAACGCACUCACUGAGAUCCCCGUCAGAGCCCUCAACAACCUUCCUGCCCUACAGGCCAUGACCCUGGCUCUCAACCACAUCCACCGCAUCCCUGACUAUGCCUUCCAGAACCUCACCAGUCUUGUGGUGCUGCAUCUCCAUAACAACCGCAUUCAGCAUGUGGGGACCCACAGCUUCGAGGGGCUGCACAAUCUGGAGACACUAGACCUGAACUAUAAUGAGCUACAGGAAUUCCCCGUGGCCAUCCGGACCCUGGGCAGGCUGCAGGAACUGGGUUUCCAUAACAACAACAUCAAGGCUAUCCCAGAGAAGGCCUUCAUGGGCAACCCCCUCCUACAAACAAUACAUUUUUAUGACAACCCAAUCCAGUUUGUGGGAAGGUCGGCAUUCCAGUACCUGUCUAAACUGCACACGCUAUCCUUGAAUGGUGCCACUGACAUCCAGGAGUUCCCAGACCUCAAAGGCACCACUAGCCUGGAGAUCCUGACCCUGACCCGCGCAGGCAUCCGGCUGCUCCCACCGGGAAUGUGCCAACAGCUGCCCAGGCUCCGAGUCCUGGAGCUGUCUCAUAAUCAGAUUGAAGAGCUGCCCAGCCUGCACAGGUGUCAGAAGUUGGAGGAAAUCGGCCUCCAACACAACCGGAUCUGGAAAAUUGGUGCCGACACCUUCAGCCAGCUGAGCUCCUUACAAGCUCUAGACCUGAGUUGGAACGCCAUCCGGGCCAUCCACCCUGAGGCCUUCUCAACCUUGCACUCCUUGGUUAAGCUGGACCUGACCGACAACCAGCUGACCACACUGCCCCUGGCCGGGCUAGGAGGCCUGAUACACCUGAAGCUCAAAGGGAACUUGGCUCUGUCUCAGGCCUUCUCCAAGGACAGCUUCCCAAAACUGAGGAUCCUGGAGGUUCCCUAUGCCUACCAGUGCUGUGCCUAUGGCAUCUGUGCCGGCUUCUUCAAGACCUCUGGGCAGUGGCAGGCUGAGGACUUUCGCUUGGAGGAAGAAGAGGCACCAAAGAGGCCCCUGGGUCUCCUUGCUGGACAAGUGGAGAACCACUAUGGCCUAGACCUGGAUGAGCUUCAGCUGGAGAUGGAGGACUCCAAGCCACACCCCAGUGUCCAGUGCAGCCCUGUUCCAGGCCCCUUCAAGCCCUGCGAGCAUCUCUUCGAGAGCUGGGGCAUCCGCCUUGCGGUGUGGGCCAUCGUGCUGCUCUCGGUGCUCUGUAACGGGCUGGUGCUGCUGACAGUCUUUGCCGGCGGGCCCAGCCCGCUGUCCCCGGUCAAGCUUGUGGUAGGUGCAAUCGCAGGCGCCAACGCCUUGACGGGCAUUUCCUGCGGUCUCCUGGCCUCGGUGGACGCCUUGACCUUCGGCCAGUUCGCUGAGUACGGAGCCCGCUGGGAGACGGGGCUGGGCUGCCAGGCUACGGGCUUCCUGGCCGUCCUGGGGUCGGAGGCGUCGGUGCUGCUGCUCACACUGGCGGCCGUGCAGUGCAGCGUCUCGGUGACCUGCGUGCGGGUCUACGGGAAGGCGCCGGCGCCGGGCAGCGUCCGCGCAGGCGCACUGGGGUGCCUGGCGCUGGCGGGGCUGGCGGCCGCGCUGCCGCUGGCCUCGGUGGGCGAGUACGGCGCCUCCCCGCUCUGCCUGCCCUACGCCCCGCCCGAGGGCCGGCCGGCCGCCCUGGGCUUCGCCGUGGCCCUGGUGAUGAUGAACUCCCUCUGCUUCCUGAUCGUGGCGGGCGCCUACAUCAAGCUCUACUGUGACCUGCCGCGGGGCGACUUGGAGGCCGUGUGGGACUGUGCCAUGGUGCGGCACGUGGCCUGGCUCAUCUUCACGGACGGCCUCCUCUACUGCCCCGUGGCCUUCCUCAGCUUCGCCUCCAUGCUGGGCCUCUUCCCCGUCACCCCCGAGGCUGUCAAGUCUGUCCUUCUGGUGGUGCUGCCCCUGCCUGCCUGCCUCAACCCACUGCUCUACCUGCUGUUCAACCCUCACUUCCGGGAUGACCUUCGGAGGCUGUGGCCCAGCCCUCCGUCCAAGGGGCCCCUAGCCUAUGCUGCGGCCGGUGAGCUGGAGAAGAGCUCCUGCGACUCCACCCAAGCCCUGGUGGCUUUCUCGGAUGUGGAUCUUAUCCUGGAAGCUUCUGAGGCUGGGCAGCCCCCUGGGCUAGAGACCUACGGCUUCCCCUCGGUGACCCUCAUCUCCCGCCAGCAGCCAGGGGCCGCCAGGCUGGAGGGAAACCGUUUCGUAGAGCCCGAUGGAACCCAGUUUGGGAACCCACAACCUCCCAUGAACGGAGAACUGCUUCUGAGGGCAGAGGGAAGCACGUUGGCAGGCCGUGGCUCUGCAGCGAGUGGCGUCUUCUGGCCCACUGGCCCCCUCUUUGCCUCUCACUUGUAAAUAUCCCUUCCUGUUUGUCCUCUCCCCCCUCAAUGAUGGCUGCUUAUAUAUAAAAGAGAAUACAACUAAAACUCCAUGGCAGGACGGCCGACCGCCCCUGGCUCCAUUGUUCUCUCUCCAUGGUCAUAACCAAUGAGUGCUUCCAGGUCUUGGUGUGACCUGGCCUUCUUCAGCUUUGCUACCAUCCUGGGUCUUCCCUGUCAAAUCCAAAUAUGUAGAGGAGACCGGGAAAUUUGCUUAGGAGAAAGGAGGAAAGUGAAAGACAGUGAAGGCAGUGGGGAGCGGACAGGGCCUUGAUCAGUGAGCACUCAGUGAGCAGGGAGACGGCACACAGACAGGGGUGGACGAGAACUACCAAAGUCGCGGGAGUGUCUCCCCUACGACUUGUGGAUAGGAUAUAAAAUGUGUUCCGUGUUCCAUUAAUCUUGACCUCUGCCAUGCGAAAGUGCUUCCUCUUAAAAUAUGCUUUGGAAGGCAUUGCAUAUUAUGUCCUUUUCUUAGAGUCAUGGGGUCAAGUUAGUGACUGAGAAUUAGGACCUUUUAAUUUACUGCAGCAGUUAAACUUAAUUAUUUAAUGAUAGGUUUCUGUUUGCCCCUUGUGGAAUACUUAUAAAUAUCUCACAGAACUUAGCACGGUUUUCUCCCAGGGGACUCAUCUUCACACCAUGGAGUGCUAUCCAGAGGCAUCACAAGAUGCCACCCUCCUUGAAAGCCCCUAAGAAGCCAACCUGGGGUGAAGUGCCAGAGGUGACUGGUGAUUCCAUCAUCUAGGACAGACUUCAUGUCUGUCCAUCCUAGUCUUCCCACCAGGCCAGAGACCUGGAGGAGCCUGCCAUAAGGUGGGGCAGGGAGAAAGAGACCCUUGUGUGUGUUCCCACACCACACAACCCCAAGCACUAAUGAAAUUUCUGCCCUCAGCAAGACAGGAUUCUCAGGUUCUGGCAAAGUACACGCUGGGAAGUCUGUAGUUCCAUGGGCUCCCCUAACUCGAUGGUACCUUUGUGUGGUUUUAUGUUGUUUGCCUCCUGUCACAGCCUGGACCUCUCUUCUCAUCCCAAUCCUGUUUCUGGGAGCGGUAGGCAGCCCAAGAGAAGGGAUGUUUGUAUUGUGGGUAUUUCAUUUUAGAGAGUAUUGUAGCUCUCUGGGACUCCUGGAUUCCUUCAGCAGGCCAUUGAUCCUUCUGCUUCUCUCUUCAUGACCUUCCUUACCUUAUGCUUUCCCAAGUGCAGUUGAGGGACUACGGAGUGCCUCCCACCACACUCCAAACACAAGAACUUAAUCUCAGGGGGAGAAGGUAAGAAGCAGGGAGAAGCCAAGACUCAGUAAUAGGUGAUAAUUGCUUCUGGGAACAUCAUUUAUAUUGAGAAGACUGAGUCUGGAUCCUGAAGCCCAGUGGAGCUCUAUUCUCUGCUUGAAUCUUCUUGUGACCCUUUCAAAGAACUCCACCUUUGAAACAAGCUGAGAUGGUCCUUCUCCAAGAUUGCUAGUUACCUUUCCACAGCUUCUCUGCUGUCUCCCUCUGCCCCCAGUGCCCAGGAAAAAGUCUAGCAUAGAUCAACAAAUGGGGUGGAGGGAUCAGUCAGAGACCAUGCAUGGAGCGUGAAGCGUUUCUAAAUCCACGUGAGUCACUGAGUAGCCCCUGGACUCUCAAAACUCCAAAGCAGAAGCAGCUUACUUUAUAAUUUCUCGGGGUCCUCUGAUGGGGUCAGUUUCAGAGCAGGCAUUCACUAAACGAGGGCACAUUUAUUUAUCAUGUCAGAUCUCUAUCUCCCCAGGGCAGAUCUAGAGCCCUUGGUGGGGGAAAGGUUUGUUUUGUUUUGUUUUCCUGAGACGUGGUAGUUCUCUGAGAUUCCCCAGGAAUGGUAAAAUUGGUAUUAGUUGGGGGAGCAUUGACUUCUAGAAAGUCGCCCUAGAUUUUUGUUCUCUCUGCCACCACCACUAUGGAAUCAUUGGUUCCUUUGGAGUAAGGAUCCAGCCUUGAGGUAGAGUGGAGUGGCCAUAAGUUGAUGGUCAGGGAAUAUAGGAAGUGUUCCUUAAAGAUGUCUUCUAUGAAAGUGAGCCGGUCCUUGUGGGCUGCAAGCUUUAGUGUGGCACUGUUGUAGCCUUAUUGACUGCUUCUAAAGAUCUGGGCGUUGGCCAAAGCUGGACUUUCCCAUUAAAGAAGAGGCGAGGGAUAUGGGAGUUGAAGAUGUCCUCUAUAAACUAUCAUUCAAAACAUCUAGCCAGGAGUGGUGGUGCAUACCUGUAAUCCCAGCAUGUGGGAUGUGGAGGCAGAAAGAUGGAGAGGUAAGGUCAUCCUCAGCUACACAGUGAGUUUGAGGCUAACCUAGGCUACAUGACUGUCUCAAACAAACAAACCCAAAAUACUAGUUCAUGUACAUUUGCCCCCAAAUAAGAUUGAGUAGCAGAGUUUCUCUGGGUUUUGUUUUGGACUAAAUUUCUAGCAAGUCAGUAUGUUACUCCUUUGGUUCUCUUCUUUGUGGUUAGUCGAAGACCAUACGUCUUCUCCUAAGCAAAUUUCCAGGUCGCUGUUCUACAUAUUUGACAGGAAAGACCAUGUGUCUUUGAUUCAUCACAGGAUGGAAAAUCGAACUGUUCAGAGCACAUGAGUCUUCUGUUGUCAUCAUUAACAAAAUCUUCCAAAAUAGUGUCCAUGGCAAAGAAUCCACUCCAAGGCUAAGAUGCCGGAGAUAGAACUGUCAGGACUUGGUAUGUACUGCCUUGGGCUCUGUGUGCUGUGCCCUUAGCUAGUGCCAACCAUGAUCUUAGACUGGGGAGAACUUAAGGUAGACCUUGCCUUGCUAAGCAUCUCAAAUGAAAAACCAAAAACAAAUGUAGAGCUAAAAAUGGAAGAGUGUGAAUUAGCAGAGCUUCUUCCUCUUGGCCACCUCUCCUGAGCCUUUGGGCUCCCUUUUCCAGGAAGAGUAAUGGAGGAGAGGAAAGAGCCGGCAACAGGCAGAAGGCCUGCGGGGCCAGGAUGGAAGGAGGCAGUAGGAACCCCGACCUUCCUAGCACCAAUCCCUCGACUACCUCUGCUCUGGGUUACCAAGUUCUCCUACCUAUGACCCAUCACCUCUCCAUCCCUUCUGAGUUCCAGUCCCAUGCCCUCCCCAGCCAUGUGAAAUAUAAAAAUUGUCAAGAUGUAAAUAUCCGGAUUCUUCUGUAUAAUAAAGCACUGAUGAAGUA